GGACCGGGAAGGCGGAGCUUGGAAGAGCAGGGAGGCGGAGCUGAAAGUUCCUUAACCCUGGGAGUGGAAGAAGCAGAGUGAUUCUGGAUUAGAUCUUGCUACAUGUUGAGGACGUUGGAGCACCUCCUCUGUGGCAUUUAUCACAACGCAUCCAGGUGCUGUGAUAAAACAUGUAUAAAAUGAACAACAAGACGUUCUCCCUCGUGGUGGGCAUCUUCUCUCUCCUUAACACCUUCCAGUUCCUCAUCUUUGAGUUGAACCACACUACGUACUUUGGCUACGAGGACAAAGUCAGUAUCUACAUGGACACAAAAUCUGAGCUGAUAUCUUGGGUCAUGAUCCACAGGAGGAGCAUCAACGUCGUCUCAUCCACCAUCACCCUCGUGUUCAGCGUGUUGCUUCUCUAUUGCAUCCGCGUGAACAACUACGUGGGGCUGCUGUGCUAUGCCCUGUGGAUCAUCGCGUAUGAGCUCAUCAGUGUCUCCGUGAUCGUGAUCGUCAACAGCAUCAUCAAAGAUGAGUUCAAGGAGGUGAUGUACCUCCACCUGAUCUUCCAAAUCUCCCGUAUGCUCCUGCACUUCUUGUCUCUGCCUUUUGUCACCAAGUAUACCUACGUCCUUUACAAGGACCCCAAGAUUUCAGUUAAAAUAGGCCGCCACAGGCACUCUUCCAUCAGUACUGUCGAUUCGUGGCCGCCUGUCGGGCUGAGAACCUUGUACCGCAAGUUAAACUGAACUGUGCCAGGAAGGAGAGAAAUAAAUAAACAGUGCUCCCCAGCGAUA